AUGGGGUAUACAACACUUUGGAAGCGGCUCUCGCCGCGGCAGCUAAAUGUCACCAUCCAAGUGUUUUCGCUCAUUUCCAUAUUCUUCGAAGGCUAUGACCAGGGCGUCAUGGGCGGCGUGAAUUCAGCGCCCAAGUACGUGACCGAGGUCGGCAUCGGUAAGCCGGAUGGCACGGUGACAGACACCACGCACCAGGGCGGCAUUGUCAGUGUCUACUACCUGGGUGCCAUCUUCGGCUGCUUUGCCGGAGGAUGGUUGGCUGACCGAAUUGGUCGAAUCAACGGCCUGCUGGCGGGUGCAUUGUUUGCCUUGGCGGGCGGCGCAUUACAGGCUGCCGCUCAGAGUUCAAAUUUUAUGAUUUGCGCUCGAGUGGUGACAGGUGUUGGUACUGGAGCUUUAACUGGCAUUACCCCUGUCUUGGUCUCGGAAACUUCUUCUGCAGAUCACCGUGGCGGGUUUCUGGGAUACGUCUUCAUUGCCAACUAUCUCGGGAUCUCAGUCGCAUACUGGAUAUCCUUCGGCCUCGCCUUCAUCGAUAAUGGAUACUCGGACGUGCGAUGGCGGUUCUUACUUGCCUUCCAAUGUUUCCCGGCUCUGAUUCUUGUCUGCUUCAUCAAAAUGCUGCCGGAUAGUCCCCGCUAUCUCGCUUCAGUUGGUCGAAAUGAAGAGACGCGUGAGCUGUUGAACUGUAUUCGCAAGCACAAGGCCAGUCCAGAGGAGAUUGAUCGGGAAUACCUUGAGAUUGUUACCUUGGCAGAAGAAAGCCAGCUCAGCUCACCUAUCCAAUUUGUCAAGAUCUUGCUCGGGAUGGGUGGAACACGGCAUCGAAACUUGGGCAGGCGAGCUUGGCUUUGUAUCUGGCUUCAGAUCAUGGCCUCUUGGACAGGUAUUACGGCUGUCACGGCAUACGCGCCAGUUCUAUUGAAACAGGCUGGAUACAGCACCAUCACGCAGAACGGCCUGGCUGGAGGGCUCAACACAGUUGGUAUUGUGGGUACCAUAAUAAGUGCCCAGAUCGUCGAUCGCCUAGGUCGCCGUACCUGUCUCAUGAGUGGUGCAGCAGUGCUGUUUGCUGUCAAUACUAUUGCUGGAGGUGUAUACGAAGGCUCAUUACAUAAUCCCAGCAAGGCUGCUCAGUUUGCUCCUGCAGCUGUUGCCAUGUUGUUCUUGUUCAAUAUUGGUUAUGCUGCUACUUGGGGUACCGUCGCGUUUUUGGUGCCCACGGAGAUAUUUCCCUCUGACUUGCGAGCUCAAGGUAAUGGCUUCGGCAUCACAGGUUGGGCUAUUGGUGUGGGCAUGACCACUUUGGUCAAUCCGAUUAUGUUCAGCGCCUUGAAGAGCCGAACCUACUUCCUCUACGCUGGCCUCAAUUUAAUAUGGAUCCCCAUCAUUUACCUCUUCUACCCCGAAACCAGUGGCCGCUCCCUGGAAUCGAUUGAAGCACUCUUCUCCACCUCGAGUCCCUUCUCCUGGAAAAUGGAGCAGGCUUUUGCUCUACAUGGCGAUGUCUUGGCGGAACACGUACUCCGUAACAAAGAUGAUUUGACAUCAUAUGACAAACCAGAGGCUCAUAUGAUCGUCUGA